AUGAUGGAAUGUAUUUUCGAUGCUGACACAAGUCCUUUUUUACCAAAGAAACUUGUUUCUGUUACAAACAAUUAUGAAACAGAUUCAUUUCAUUAUGAUUAUACAACGAAAUUAUUAAAUUGUAAAUUGUUAACAAGAAAUCCAUAUCGAUCUUAUUUCAAACAAGUCUAUCCAACUGAAAUCAAUGAGUAUGAACUUACAGAUGAUAUGUUAGAUGUUUUAAAAUCUUAUACAAAUAGUCUUUCUAACAAAUGUUACAUAAAAACAAAUUUAAAUUUAUUAAGUGAAAAUUUAGAUGAAAUCGAUUGGAUUUAUGUUAAUAAAUUACGUUCAUUAAUAAGAGCUUUAACUCAAUCAAAUAUUAAACAUACUUAUUAUCGUGGUGUAAAUCUAAGUAGUACAGAAAUUCAAUAUUAUAUUGAUAGACGAAAUGAUUAUUAUUAUACAAAUUCAUUUACAUCAUUUACAAUUGAUCGUUUACUUGUUUAUUCUGGUAAUGCUCUAUUAAUUUUAAAGACUGAAAAUUCAACUGACAAGGCGAAGAAAAAUCUAGCAAAUAUUUGGAAAUGGAGUAUGUUUACAGAAGAAAAAGAAGCACUUUUAGCUGUUGGAACGAAAUUGAAAAUUUUAAGUGUACAUUAUUUUGGUUGUAAGUGGGAAAUCGAAGUUGAACUAGCAGAAGAUGAUGAAGAAAUCAUAGAAAAUAAAAACUAA